CCAUAGAUAAAAUUGAUAAUAGUGCCCUCCUGCGUCACAAAACCAUGAUUAUUUUCUCCAAACCAAAUGUUUGAUGUUCAAAGCAUCCCCAGACCAUCACGCUACCACCACCAUGUUUGACUGUUGGUGUGAUUUUCUUUUUCUGAAAUUAUCAGAAAUAUUUUUAUGCUGGACGUAACCAGAUGUUCACCUGGGCUCUGCUGUAGAUUGACCACUACUGCUGCGCGAGGUUUGAGUACAGCAGAGAGGAGAUGCUGUUGAGUUCAGGCAUGAACCCUAAAAGAAUCCUAAAAGAACCCUAAAAGAACUCCAGUCUUUCCCACAAGCUUUACUAAACAAACACAACACAAUCCUCUUCCUUUAGAUACCACCAAACCCUCUCUAUUUCCACAAAUUUCAUUUCCCGUCUCUCUGCUGACUUUUAGCCGGUCACAGAUUUCCCAAGGACAUAGGGUCUCCGGCAACCGAGGCAUGACCACUUUUCAAACAGUCUUUGUCAGUGGUAAGUCAAGAGUUUCAGCUCGACAGCCACCAGAAAAUCACUUUUCUACAAAAACCUUGUGCGAUCUGGUUACGCUGUAAGAAUCAGUCAUUGUACGGCCUCACAAUCGCAGCUACCAGAUGUCGCUGCCAGCAACCUUGAGUGUUCUUGUGCAAGAGAAAAAAAAGUCCGCCACAGUGAUUAGGCGAGCACUGCAACUGCAUUGAUUUAAAAAGAUAAGUGGGUCCCUUCGACACACAGCUCGGGUUUAGCAGCACCCCAGUGAUUAUGAGAGCUCUUUAGGCUAAAGCUUUCUUCUGGAUUUUAACCAACCACUGGCAAGUUGAAAAUAAUGAGCUCCCUGUGCAAUGUCCCAGUUUGUAAUUGUUGCAGACUUUGUUGAGAAUACUAUCUUGCAAGAUUAUGAUUAACCUAAGAAUGCAAAACAUUUUUAAAUAAUGCCACUUUGCACCCAUCCACAUGGCCAAACCUGUCUGAAAAAAGCCAUUGGCCACUCUGUCUUAGACUCCUCUUUGCUUGGCUUUGUCCCACCUUAAGAGCCUGGAUAGAAGGAAUGCCUCGCGUAUCGGGUGACCCAUUGCCCCGACGGCCUCUGCUCCUUGCCCAGAUCACGGUGACGGUGUGCACCAGGCUGGCCCUGUAUUUCGUGUCACAAAAGCACCUUUCUACACAACAGGGACACAGAGAAUGGACCACAGCACAGUGGUUCUUUUUGGGUCUAAGCCCACCGUAGUGGGAUUGCAGACCUCCCCUUUUUUGCUUUACACAAAAAAUACCUCCCAUCAAUGAGAUGUUCUUUCACCCAGACCUGGCAGAAGUAAUAGAAGAACCUGGAGCUCCUGGUUCUGCAGACAAAACAUCGCUAGGGAUGAUAAAUUACUUUUCUACUCAUACACAAUUGGAUCCCGGUCAACAAUGAGGAUUAUCUCCUGCCAGUGGACUCUUGUGGCUGUUGCUGUAAUUUCCCUCAGUGUGGUGUUCUGCACUAAGGUCAAAACUACGGCAAAACCAAAGUACCUGUAUACAAAGAAGCCUGUCCCACAUGUCACACUGCACAACCCCGUCACCACCAGUGUGCCCAAGACUUUCAAGAUAGUGGCGACCCCAAAUCCUGUGCAGCCGCAGCCGCAGCCACAGCCCACUGCAGUUAGGACCACCUACUCGAAACACAACCUUCCACACUAUAGUGAAAACCCUGAGCCCCCAGGUGUUGGUCCAGAAAAUUACACGCUGGACUACAAUGAGUGCUACUUCAACUUCUGUGAGUGCUGUCCCCCUGAGAGGGGCCCCAGAGGGUCAAAGGGAGAAAGAGGCUCAGCAGGAACACCAGGUGAUAUUGGGCCUGCGGGACCACAGGGUAUACCUGGACCACCUGGCAUGAGUGGUCCAGUGGGCUUUAAAGGAGAGAAAGGGGAUAAAGGUGAGAGAGGACACAGUGGAACACCAGGGCCAUCAGGUAUUCCAGGAAAACCAGGACAAAAAGGUGAGCCUGGCCUCAAAGGUGAAAAAGGUGAAGUAGGAUUUGAAGGUGUCAAAGGUGGACAAGGAGAAAAAGGAGAGCCUGGCCAGAAUGGUACUGCUGGUGAGAAAGGGGAACCAGGAUUACAAGGGCCCGUUGGACCUCCAGGAACAGCCAUGGGGCAGGGUCCUAAAGGAGAAAAGGGAGAUAAAGGAGACUGUGGCAUAUUUGGGGAGAGAGGUCCUAAAGGUGACCGAGGUGAUCCAGGUGCUCCAGGAAUGCAAGGUGCAAUGGGAAUUCCAGGAUUACAUGGCAAACAUGGCACCCCUGGGCCCGUUGGCAUCAGAGGGGAUCCAGGACACCCUGGGCCUCCAGGAGAACCAGGGGUGCCAGGGCCACAAGGGCCACAAGGGAUACGAGGGAUGUCUGGGGCUAAAGGGGAUAGAGGGUACCCUGGCAUUAGAGGAGAGCGGGGCUUUCGCGGGUUAAAAGGCGCCAAAGGUUCUGGAAUGCUUCAGAAACGCUCUGCCUUUAGUGUUGGCAUCUCUCCAAAGAAAUCCUUUCCUCCCUCUGGCUUCCCGAUCCGCUUUGACAAAAUCUUCUACAAUGAAGAAAACCACUUCAACAGAAGUUCCAACAUCUUCACAUGCGUCCACCCCGGGGUUUACGUCUUCUCCUUCCACAUCACGGUGCGCAAUCAGCCUCUGCGAGCAAUACUUGUGGUGAACGGUGCACGGAAAGUCAGGACACGGGACUCCCUACAUGGCCAAGACAUCGACCAGGCAUCCACUCUAGUGGUGGUAAGACUGGCAGGUGGAGAUCAGGUCUGGAUGGAGACGUUUAGAGACUGGAAUGGGGUUUACGCCAGCAGUGAGGAUGACAGCAUCUUCUCCGGGUUCCUGCUGUACUCAGACAAAGCCUGAAGCUCUUUUUGUUUGCUAUACUGACAAUCUCUCUCUUCUACUUAACUGUUACAACCUCACCACAUGAGUGAAAACACCAAAUACUGAGGGUGCUAUGCAAUAACUGUGAAUUACUUGUCUGUAAACUUGUUAUUAUCACCAAACUUCUUGUUUAAAUUCUCUCAUAAAAAGAUUUCUAAAUAAACCAACCACUGAUGACCUCCAGAGACGAAUAUGUCAAUGCCACCAGUCCAGCGCUUCACAAACAGGAUAAAUGUAAUGACAAGAAUCAAGAUUUGUCAUAAAAUUGAUAAAAUGAAGGAAUUGAACUGAUUCUCCCAUUCCCCAAAAAAUAAACAACAGUGCCCUUAAUGCUUAGCGGCACCACUCGUUAAAACCUUUAUUAGUAGACUUUAACAGAAGACUUUUUGUUGCCUAGAACACAAAACUUAAAAUGAGACAAAACAGCAGAAAAUAAAUAAGCUAACCAAAUAAAACCAAAAAUCAAAAAGACCCCCCCCCCCCUCCAUUAUAGCUGCAAAAACAGUUUUAAAAUAAACCUCACUAAAAGUGGCUUAAAUUGAUCUAAACUCAAAACAACCACUAAAGAAUGAAGCUACAGUUACAGAAUUUUUUAGAAAAAUGCCCAAAUGAUGUAGAAACAGCAGAAACUCUUAGAAGAGGUGUUCUAGUAGAGUAACAUGUCUUAGUUAAACAUGUAUUCAUUUGCAUUUAUGAAAUGCCCAGUAUACCUAUAGACUAAUACAGUGGUCAUGAGAGAAGAAAUAUGGAGCUUUGAUAAAGUAUUCAUGAACUUCUUGAGACCUCGGGAUUUUUAGACCAACACAAAGUAGAGCGUAAUUGUUAAAUGGAAGGAUAGGGAUACAAGGUUCGGCCAUAUAUUUGUAUGCAGCCUCCUGAGUCAAUACAAUGCAAAUCCAGCUUUCGCAGCAGCUACGGCUGCUAGUCCUUUAGGGUGUUGCCUCUACUGGCUUUGCACAUCUAGAGAAUGAAAGUUUUGUGCAUUCUCUGCAAAUUAGGUCAAAAUUGGAAAGACAGCGUCUGUCAACAGGGAAUUUCAACUCGUGCUACAGAUUCUUAUUUGGAUUUAGAUCUGGACUUUGACUAGGCCAUUUCAACACCUGAACAUGCUUUGAUCCAAGUCACCCCAUGGUAGCUAUGGUUGUAUGUUUAGUGUGGUUGUCCUGGUUGAAGGUAACACUGAGUCCCAGUCUCGAAUCUUUUGCAGCCUCUAAAAGGUUCUCUUCCUGGAUUGUCCUGUAAUUAUCUCUACCAGUUUUUCCGCCAAUUGUUGCAUUCAGGGUGAUUGGUGCAUUGGGUGCAUUGUUAGUUUUGUGCCAUGCAUAGUUUUAUCUUGUACUUAUCCAAAAUGUUGAAUUUUGGUCUCUUUUGACCAGAGCUCUUUUCAUUUCACAAAUAUGCACCACUUUCAGGUGACUUCUCACAUAAAAUCCCAAUAAAAUACAUACAUUUGUGGUUAUAAGAUGACAAAAUGAGGUAUGAAUACUUUUGCAGGGCACUGUAGUGUGAAAGAUUUUUGUGAUGUGUAAAAUAUUUCUACAUUUUUAAAUCCUACAUGACAGGCCUAACAAGCAUGUAGCUCAAAUACGUUUUUCCUCAGGUAAAUGCUAACACACCAUCAGCUUUGCCUUUCAAACACAAACUUUAAAAAUCUCCUUUUGUUCAUCAUACAACACUCCCACCUUCUUCUUUAUACGUGUCUUGCUGUGUUUUUUUUAAUUUCAUGUAGACCUGACAUGUAUAGUGCCACAAGAAAGUAUUUACACCCUUUCAAAUUCACCGCAUUUUGUUGUUACAGAUUUGUUCUAAAACCAAUUGAGAGCAGUUUUGUGUUUCAAAAUAAAUCUUCACAAAAUAGUCCAUUAUUCUGAAAUGAAAAAAAAAAAAUUGCUUUCAAACAUGUAAAUGUUUAAAUUUAAUAGAAAAAUAGGUAUUCACACUCAUGCGUGACUUUGUUGAAGCACCUUUGGCAGACAUCACAGCCUCAAGUCUUCAUUGGUUUGUCUCUUUGCACACCUGUUUUCGGAUAUUUUCUCCCAUCAUCUCUGCAGAUUUUCUCAAGCUCAUCCGUUUGAACGAGCAGUUAGGCAGAUAUUUUUUGGUCUUUCCAGUGAUAUAAAAUUGAAUUUUAUUUAGCCGCUGGCUGGGCGACUCAGAAACAUUUGCAGACUGCUUCUGAAGCCACUUUUUCUUGUGUCUUGGCUGUGCAAGUCAUUAUCGUCUUGAAAUAUGUUUGUUUUUAGGGUAUCCUGGAGAAGCUAGUUGGCCGGUUUCUGGCACAAAAAAAUACCCACAACAUGAUGCCGCCACUACUAUGCUUCACAUUAGGGAUAGCAUUUAACUAGGUGAUGAGCAGGGCCAUUUUUCUAGAUUUGAUGCUUGAUGCUUAGACCAAAUCUUCUGUUUUGAAUUAAUCAGAGAGGAGGAUUUUGUUUCUGUAAAUAUGACCCAUGCCCUUCUGCCCUAAUAUUUCAGCUGGGUUGGGCAGCCAGAUCCAGGGAGGGUUCUGGUGCUUCCAACCUUCUUUUAUGUCCAAAUAAUGGAGGUUAGAAGGUGUUUUGGGAUCUUCAAGACAUUUAUUGUAUUCUUCCUCAGAUGUGUUUUAACACAAUCCAGUCUCUGAGAUCCAAAGACAAUUCUUUUGACUUCACUGCUUGGUUUCUCCUCCAGUAGUCACUGUCAUCUGUUGGACCUCAUAUAGACAAUUGUGUUCAAUUCCAGAUUGUGUUCAGUCAGCUGAAUUUACCACAGAUGGACUCAAACCAAGUUGCAGAAGCAUCUCAAGGAUGAUCAAUGUGCUAUUUUGUUUAGAAAACUAUACAUGGAAAAUGGACUGGCACUUUUUUAUUCAUACUCCCUUAAUCAGUUCCAGAAUACAAAACAUAAAAUUUGGGAAAAGUCACGGGGUGUAAAUACUUUCUGGCAACAUUAUGUAAGUGCCUCGGCUGCCUGUUCCAGGAGAAAUGAGUAUGCAAAGAAUGUCUCUAUGAUCCAAUGUUAUUUUGUUAAUUUUGGCUUAUCUGAUUUAUCUUUUCCUAGUGUUUUUAGUAUUAUCUAUUGAGAUAUUAUUCCUAUGCGUAAUUCCAUUAUUUAAAAUUUUAUUGACGUGCUGUGGGGUUGUAAAAAGAAAAACUGUUAAUGUUGAAAAUAAAGUCAACAGUUCGUAUA